GCGCGUGCGAAACAAACGCGCCGCUUCGUGAGUCGACAUGGCGGAGAUGCCUCUGCGCAAUGCCGCUCCCAAUCAGGCCCGGCCAGCUGGAUAUGACCAGGUUGCGGCCAAGGCGCCAAAGGCGCUGGCAGGGCUGCGGCCCAACCUGGAGGCCUCGCGCGGGGCGACUGCGAGCUGGUGGCCCGUGGGGGCCGCCGUCGCCGGCGCAGCCGGUUCGCUCAGAGGCCGUCGACUGCCUCGCCGCGAACGAAAGGAGGGCCAGGCUGCUGUGGAAACCACAGAUCGCUGGGGCUACGACCAGGAGGCCUACGUGAAGGGCUACAGCUCGGCCACCAGCGAGCAGUGCUGCAGCCUGUACUCCGAGGACCUGCCCAAGGACCUGCGAGGCACGUACUUCAAGAACGGCCCAGCCAAGCUGAAGGUGGGGGAGGAUGUCAUCAAGCAUCCCUUCGACGCUGACGGUAUGGUGGCAGCCGUCACCUUCGAUGGAGAAGGCCACGCGCACUUCAGGAACCGCUUCGUGCGCACGCCGGGCUUUGUGGAGGAGCUCGGAGCCGGACAAAUGCUUUACCGGGGCCAGUUCUCUCUGAAGCCCGGGGGAUGGUUGGCGAACGCCUUCGACAUGCGUCUCAAGCAUGUGGCCAACACCGGGGUCAUGGAAGUGGCAGGGCGGCUCUUUGCGCUCUGGGAGGCCGGCAAGCCCUUUGAGCUGGAUCCUAAGAGCCUGGCCACGCUGGGGGAGUCGGACCUCAACGGCGGGCUGACGGAGGAGGAGCCCUUCACGGCGCACCCCAGGGUGGACUUCAACGGCACCCAGUUCGGCUUCAACUACCGGCCGGAGCCCGUGAACGGUGUGACGCAGGUCUCCUUCUUCGAGUUCACGUCAGACCUGGCCUUGGCUUCGCGGGUGGACGCGGAGCUCCCGGGCUUCGGCUUCUACCAUGAUUUCCUGGUGACGGAGAAUUACUUCAUCCUGAGCAAGCCGCCCAUCGAGCUGUCUCCGCAGAACGCCCUGCAGGCCGUGCUGGGCUUCAGGGGCAUGGGCGAGUCCAUCACCUUCGACAAGUCCCAGCCGUCGCAGAUCGUGCUGGUGUCGCGCGAUGGCUCCGGUGUGAGGUACGUGGAUGUGGACACGCACUUCUGCUUCCACUUUGCGAACGGCUUUGAGAGCGAUGGCAAGCUGGUGGUCGACAUGGUCCGCACGCCGGAGCUGAGCCUGGGGGAGGCCUCCAAGGGCGAGGGCGCGGUCUGGGAGAAGUUCGACUGGUCCACCAUGGAAGGGGCCUUCCGGCUGGUGCGCUACGAGAUCGAUGAGUCUUCCGGGGACUGGAAAGUUCGCGAGCUCUGCGACCGCGCCGUGGAUUUUCCAAGCAUCGCCGGUGGCUGCGGGAAGCCGUACCGGAACCUUUAUUGUGCCACGACUCUCAGUGGCGCGCCGGCGCCAUUUCAGGGCCUGAUGAAGGUGGAUGUGACUGGCGAGCGGGCGCCGGAGAUUUGGCUGCCAGAGGCUUGGGAGUUCCUCGGGGAGGUGGUGGUGUGCCCAAAGGGCAAGGAGCCAGAAGGCUACCUGACGGGGAUCCUCAUCGAUGCCCGGAAGGAUAGCUGCGACCUGGUGGUCUUCGAUUGCCAGAAGGUGGCAACUGGCCCCAUCUGUCGUCUGCCUUUGCCCAGCUUCAUGCCCCACGCGCUGCACGGGACAUUUUCGCCCAUGGUGCCCGACUUUGAGGAGAUCAAAGCUGCCUGGGAGAAGAGUCCAACAUCUCUCUGAGGUCCAGAUGGGUUUGUCUUACGGAACCAC